AUGCAGGGUGAAAAAAGUACAGAUUUCGAUGAAAUCACGUGUUUUUUGGGUGACUACGGACUCUUUCAAAUCCUAAUAAUUGUUUUGCUCAGUUUGAGCGCGAUUCCGUGUGGGUACAUGGGGGUGCUUGUGGUGUUUGUUGCGGAUACACCCGAGCACCACUGCAAAGCACCGAUCAACUCCUCGCGUAAUGGCACAGAUGUUGAGGCUCCCUUUCACGAGCGGAGCAGCUGGAUCGGACCUGACAGCUGUUCUCGAUACAUACUGGAUACUGGAAACUGGACAGCAGGACUGCGUAAUGACACGGAGAAAUGUCUGGAUGGAUGGGUCUUCAGUACUGAGAUAUACACCUCGACCAUUGUGUCUGAGUCAGAGACUGAGAUAGGAACUACCUAUUCAAACCUAUACCCACAUGUUUACUGUUAUUUUCAUGUUUUCAUGUCUUACAGGAUUGGCAGAAAGCCGGUGUUUUUUGUCACCAUGGCCUUACAAACAGUCACUGCCUUGAUCCAGGCCACCUCUGUCAAUUGGGCCAUGUUCUGUGUCCUCAACUGUUUUAGAGGACUUGGCCAGAUAUCCAAUCACCUUCCAUCACUCAUACUUGGGUCUGAGAUGCUGAGCCAGUCCUCCAGGUUGAGCUACACUCUGCUGGGCCACUGUCUAGGUUUUGGCAUUGGUUACGCGUUGAUACCGCUCUUUGCCUACUUCAUACGAGACUGGAGGAUGCUGCUGGUGGCUACUGCUGUCCCCGGCUUCCUAUUUAUUCCAACAUGGUGGCUGAUUCCUGAGUCUCCUCGUUGGCUUUUGCAGAAAGGUCGGGUGGAGGAGGCUGAGCUUGUCAUACGCCGUGCUGCCAAAAGGAACAGAGUCCCUGCCCCUGAGGUGCUGUUUAGGUCUGGCGAGUGCUUGGAAAUAAUGCAAAAUAAAGGUGGAAAUGAGCGAACAUAUACUUAUGUGGACCUGAUACGCACCCCUAACAUGAGGAACAUUACAGUUCUAGGUGUCUUUAUAUGGAUGUCUGUCGCCAUGGUGUUCUACGGUCUUUCUCUCAACACUAGUAACCUCAAUGGAAAUGUCUACCUCAACUGCUUCAUUUCUGCAGCCAUUGACAUGGCAGCAUAUGUUGCCUCUUGGCUGCUGGUUAAUCGAGCGCCACGACCCACUCUCCUCUUCACCACACUGAUGUUCUGUGGCAUCAUGCUUCUAAUUAUAAAGCUGGUUCCUGAAGACAUGCAGGUCAUGAUCCAGGUGUUAGCUUUGGUGGGAAAAAUAGGUGUGUCUGCUGCUUAUUGCUUAAUCUACGUGUUUUUCACUGAGCUGAUGCCCACUGUGGUCAGGAACAUGGGCUUAGGGGUCACCUCGACAGCUGCACGCAUAAGCACCAUCAUCUGCCCCUAUAUGAUCUACAUAGGAGUUUACAACAAGGUUCUCCCAUACAUUAUUUUUGGUACAAUCAGCAUCAUGGCUGCUGUCAUGAGCAUGUUGCUUCCAGAUACCAGAAACCACAAACUUCUUGACCUCAUCAGCCAAGCCAAACCCAUCAGAGGCUGUUGCUCUCCCAAGGAAACACCUACAACCCAGUCAGAUACAACUGGACGCUGUAAAGAAAUUAGCAAGAGCACCCACAGCUGA